AUGGCGUUUAGUAGCGUCCUGGCGACGCGCGGCGCGCUCGCGUCGGCGGCGACGACGCCGUCGUCGUCCUCGACGACCGCGACGCGUCGGUCGUUCGGCGCGUCUCGGCGCCGCGCGCGCGCCGCGCUGCGCCUCCGCCGCGACGGACGCGCGUCGUCGUCGUUCGCGUCCAUCGCGCCGCGCGCGUCGGCGUCGGAGGACGCCGUCGACGCCGCCUCCGACGCGUCGGAUCGCGCGUCGGAUCCGACGUGGGGAUGGGGCGGUCGCGACGAAGAAGGAUCCCGCUCGCGCGUCGCGCGCGCGCUCGCGUCCGCCGCCGCCGCGUCCACGGUCGCGCUCUCCCUCGCGUCCCCCUCCCUCGCGGCGUUCAUCGACCCGAGAGCCGCGGAGACGGGCAAGUGCCUCCUCUCCUCCUGCCAGCUCGAGCUCGCGGGAUGCAUCGCGGACGAGAAGUGCGCGGAGUCUCUCGUGUGCCUCCAGACGUGCUUCGGCCGUCCGGACGAGGCGGACUGUCAGAUCAAGUGCGGCGAUCUGUACGCGUCCAAGGCGGUGCAGACGUUCAACACGUGCGCGGUGACGAACAAGAACUGCGUGAAGCAGAAGCAGGACACGGGCGAGUAUCCGGUGCCGCCUCUGGACGCCAUGGCGUCGGGGUUCGACGCAAACGUGUUCGCGAAGGAUAAGCGGUGGUACAUCGUCGCGGGGUUGAACAAAGAUUUCGACACGUUCGACUGCCAGGAGCACUUCUUCAGCGCGACGGACCCGGAUCACAUGGCGGUGAAGAUCAACUGGCGCGUGAACCGCCCGAACGGGCAGUUUUACGAGAGGAGCGACGUGCAGACCUUCUACGCGGACGACCGGACCAAGUCCAUCUUACACAACAACGUAAACGAGUAUCUGCACUACCAGGACGACUGGUACAUCCCGGGGUACAAAGAAGGCGAGUACGUGUUCGUGUACUACAAGGGCACGAACGACGCGUGGGACGGGUACGGCGGCGCUGUCGUGUACUCCACGAAACCGGAACUCGACCCCGCGUACGUGCCGGAGUUAACCGCCAUCGGUAAAAAAGUUGGCGUCAAGUUUUCCGAUUUCGUCGUCACGGACAACUCGUGCAAACCCGAGCCCGAGCUGAAGCUCUCGAAGAUCGCAGACCUGGACACGCUCGCGGACGACGCGUACGUGAUCGAAAAAGACAUCGCGAAGGACUUUGGCAUCGUGGGCAAGGACGCUAGGAAAUUCGCGGGGAUCGUCGGAAAAGACGCGAGACUUCUCGAGCGCGAGCUCGAGAAGGACGUCAAGUCGAUCGAAAGCGAGAUCGAGAAGGACGUCACGUACGAGGCGAACGCGGUCAAGGCGGAGGUCAGGGCGCUGGAGGACCAGCUCGUGUCGUUCGGGUCGAGGUUCACGUUCAUCAAGCCGCCGGACAUGGUCGGCGACGGGCGGUCUAAGGAGCAGGCGAGAGAGAUAAAAAAAGCGGAGAAGGCUCUCGCGAGCGUGGAGAAGAGCGUGCGACGGGAGGACGCGCGUCAAUGAUUGGACGAGGGAGGGGAGGAGGGAAUGAGGGAGAGGACGGAUGGAGGACGAUGGCGUCGGAUCGGUCGGCGGGCGUAGUAGAGCGUAUUAUGAUGCAGUUGACGAAAGGAUUGAUUG